AUGCCGUCCGCGUCCCCUGUUAACCCCGACAAACGCGACCCGAACCGAGAGGCUGCCCGCCGCCCGCCCGGCUGGUACCUGGCGUACCAUCGACACGUGAGACCGCGCCUGUGGCUGUGCCCGGUAACGCUGUACGCUGUGUACCUGUGCGGCGCCGUGCGCCUGUCGUGGAAAGCGUCGGACGACUGGUGCUCGGAGCCUCGGUUCCAGGCGCUGGUGACGCUCACCCUGUGCUCGGUCUGGGCGCUGCUGCAGGUGGCGCGGCUCGCAGGUCGUCUUUACCGCAAACGUGGUGCCAGGAUCGAGCAUGCGCUCGACCAGGCCGCCGAACAAGGAUGGGCCGCAGUCUUCUGGUGCGUGCUGUACGCCCUGCUCAUUGGCUGCGUCGUGGUGGACAGCCUGCCUGACAUGCACCGCAUCUGGUCCGCCUUGGGCGUCGGGGCCAUAGUCGCCAUCUGCUACAUCUUCUCGUGCGAGAGGCGCAAGAUUGCUUGGCACGUGGUGCUGUCCGGCAUUGUGCUGCAGUUCGUGCUGGGCACCGUCAUGAUCCGCUCGUCGGUGGGACACGGCGUGGUGACGUGCCUGGGCACAAAGUUGAAGGCGGUGAUCAACUACUCGCGGGUGGGCGCCCAGUUCACGUUCGGCCACGCGGCCACGGGCGUCAUCGGCGAAGCGACGCCGCGGCAACCGCACGUCUUCGCCUUCCACAUCAUGACCAUGACCGUGUUCUUCUCCUUCCUGAUGUCCCUGGUCGCCUUCUACGGCUGUCUGCGCAAACUCAUUCUGUCCAUUGCCACCUCACUUCGCUGGAGCACUGGCGUGUCGCCGUGCGACGCCCUCUGCGUCGCCACAAACAUCGUCGCCGCGCAGAACGACCUGCCGUGGAUCCUGCGCGGCUACGUGGGCGACAUGACGCUGUCCCAGCUGCACACGGCAAUGGCGUCGGGGUUCGGCAGCCUAUCUGCAGCCACAUUCGCAGCCCUUAUCAGCUACGAGGUGGACGUGGCCUCCCUCAUCAGUGCGUGCGUUAUGUCGGCGCCCGCAGUGCUGGUCACCUCCAAGAUGCUUCUGCCAGAAAUCGAGCACCCGGAUGGCGCCUUCGAGUUCCUUCUCAGGCUGAAAAGAGCUAAGCUGACACGCAGUGAGUGGCCGCGCACCCUGCUGUUCUAUGCACGCAGCCGACAGGAGAAAAAUUGGCUGGAGGCGUCGCUGUACGCCAUACGCAACAACGUGCGCGUGCUGGCGCUGAUGUGCGUCAAUCUGCUCGGCAUCAUCGCCUUCCUGGACCUGCUGAACGCUGCGCUGGUCCAGGCCACCGAGACGGUCGGAUGCAUGGUGAGCUUUCCUGGUGUAACCACAAGCGAGCACCAGCAGUGGCUGAAUCGGCUCCAGCUCCAACCUCCGCUUUUCACCAGUGCUGAGGCGAAGCUCAUACUUCCUACAUGUGAGAGGCGUAACAAGGGAUAA